AAUGCUUGGUUCGGCUGCAAUGAAUAUUACGCAAAUAGCUAGAGGAAGCGUAGAUGCCUAUUUUGAAUACGGUACACAUUGCUGGGAUAUCGCAGCUGGGGUAAUAAUACUGACUGAAGCUGGUGGAUGUGCUCUCGAUACAGCAGGAGGUGAAGUGGACCUUAUGAGUCGCAGAAUUUUGUGCGCUGGUACGCCUCAAUUGGCUCAUGCUCUUUCAAAGAUGUUGAAGCAAAUCGAACUAGAACGUGACUAA